GGGAGCCCAAAAGGGAGCCCGAAAAGCCCCGGCACCCCUGAAUGGGCAGAGUGAAGAGGGGGCAGCUUUUGGGAUUGCUGGGACUGCCAGCAGGCUGGGGAGGGCGGGCACCGAGGAGAAGGGAGACCCCCAAUGCAAGCGUGACCCCAGCAGCUGGGACAGGGGGGAACUCUCAAAGAGCAGAGAGGAGGGAGCAGGGCCGGGGAAUUCCUGGGAGGCUUUUUCAAGGCUGAAUCUUGGUGUUUGGGAGCUUUUUCUGGAGCCCCGAUGGCCGGUGACUUGUAGAGAGGGACUUGGGCAGAAAGACUUUCAAAGUCAAUGUGCUCAUCCCUAGUUUUCCCCAAACCACGAUGUCCCAUUGUAACUUCUUGUGAGGUUGUGAGAGAGAGGAAUAUGUCCCUGGAAACUGAGGCAGAGCAGGAGCUGAGGAUGGAGUGCAGGGAGGACAAAUCCCCGCGGCAGAACCUCGUGGCAGAGGCCGUUUUGAGCAGCUCCAUGGCACAGGAACCCAACGGGGAGGAAAAGCCCCGGAGAUGCCGCACGAGGAGGGGCUGCAAACGCAGAUCACAGGGAUCUGAGGGGGAAAGAGCCAGCCUGGGCCGGGAAGGCGGCCGGAGAUGGAGCCAGAGCUCGGAGCUGGUGGUCCAUGAGGAGGUUCCUGAUGGGGAGAAGCCCCACAAGUGCUUGGAGUGUGGGAAGAGCUUCAGGUGGAGCUCCAGCCUGAUUGUGCACCAGAGGAGCCACACUGGGGAACGGCCCUAUGAGUGUGAUCAGUGCAGGAAGAGGUUUCAGAGCAGCUCUGAUCUCCUCAAGCACCAGCACACGCACACAGAGGAGAGGCCCUUCUGCUGCCCCGACUGCAGGCAGGGCUUCAGGCAAAACUCCCAUCUUGUUGUGCACCGGCGCAUCCACACUGGGGAGAGGCCCCACGAGUGUGAGGAAUGUGGGAAGAGCUUCAGCCGGAGCCUCACCCUGAUCCAGCACCAGAGGACCCACACUGGGGAACGGCCCUACGAGUGUGGGGAGUGUGGGAAGAGAUUCGGACAUCGCGCCAACCUCCUUGUCCACCAAAAGAUCCACACUGGGGAGAGGCCCUACGAGUGUUCCGAGUGUGGGAAGGGGUUUCGGAUCCGCUCCCAUCUAUUCCAGCACUAUCAGAGUCACACAGAGGAGAGGCCCUUCUGCUGCCCCAACUGCGGGAAGGGAUUCAAGCGCAACUCCAACCUCGUCACCCACCGGCGUAUCCACACUGGGGAGAGGCCCUACGAGUGUCCCCAGUGUGGGAAGAGCUUCUCCUGCAGCUCUCACUUGACCCAACACCAACGGAGGCACCGGUGAGGGAAGCCCUGCGAGUGCCCCGAGUGCAGGAAGAGCUUCGUGCGCUGCUCCAGCUCCAUCCCCCACUGCAGGACCCACGCUGGGCACAGCCCUGGUGACCCACAUUCCCUGUGAUCCAUGCUGGGAAUACACCUGGUUGCUUCUCCUUUUGGUUUGGCCUUGAUUUUUUUCUGUUCUUCCUCUCUUUGCGCUUCAAAAGCCAAGAGGGAUGGAUCUGUCACCUCAAAACCACUCAAAUCCCACUGAAAACAACUGAAUUUUAACCCCUAAAGGCUCAAUCCCUCCUCAAAUUGCUUGUUCCCUCCUCAAAAAAACUCAAUCCCAGGCCAAACUCACUCCAUUCCACAGCCAGCAGGAUGAGAUGGGGUUGGGAGGGAAUUGGGAGCAGUGGGAUCCCAAUUGGGAGCAGUGGGAUGGGGAUUGUGUGGGGCUGGCUGGGUGGGAUGUAUUUGACAGCAAAUAAAACUUUCAGAGUUACUGGUUUCUGUCCCAUUAAUUUUCAGUCAGUUCUGUUUGCAGAGUGCCGCCUUCUCAGCUGAUUAAAUUUGCUGUAAAAAUCCCAUUUUUUAAAUCAUCUAACCCAAACAAUCCAAAAACCAAUAUCCAAAUAUAGCACUCACCUACAAUUAAAUUUUAAAAAAUAAUUGGAAUUGUUUUAGAGUACUUAAGGGUGUUAUUCAAGUUUAAUUGUUUGGUUAAAAUGUAUGAGAAAUUCUAGUGGUGCUUGGUUUUGUGUUUAGUAUGUUUGUAAUAUGAAUUGUUUUACUAAGGUGUGUUGGAUUGCAUGUUAGUUUUUUUAGAUAUUUUUUAUCUCAAGUAUAUUAGUUAUUGCAUUAAAACUUCAGAAGAUAUUUCUUAGUAUAUAAUUUGUUUAUAUUUAUUGGUAAUAUUAUAGUAAUAGUUAUUGUUGUUUUGGCUUGAAUCAUUGGAGUAUCGUAAGAAAAAAUAUUUCAUUUUUAUUAUAAUUUAUUUCAUUGUAAUUAUAGUUUAUUGGUUUAUAAUUUUGUUUUCAGUUGUUGAGAGGAGAGGAAGGAAGUUCAAGCCAGGAACAUUUUUUCCCCAGCUUGUGCAGCCCAAGUCUGGGUGCCAUUCAGCCCAGAGCUAUGGGAUAAUAUUGUAGUGCCUCCCACACACAUUCUGCCUCCAAGAAAACCUUGGCUUGGCUUAUUAGAGUGAAAUACAUAGAAAAGUAAUAAAAUGGACAGUUAAACUGA